UCGGCGUGACAAACGAACGCUUUACCAACUAGGUUACCCCAGCGUUCCGCCAUGUGAAGUAACUGAUGUUAUGAUUCACCUGAAUAUAUGAAAAUCUAUAACAAGUUGAUGUAAUUAAUGUCUGUAUUUCAGUUCAACAUUUCCCAGAGUGUGAUCGGUGUCAUUUAUGCCACAUGCCCGGGGGCUUAUUCAGUAUCGUGUAUGGUCAGUGCAUCAAUUCUGGAAAGAAAUGUGCCUGCAGUUCCAGUGUUAGUGACCGGAAUAUGUUGCUUAGCAAUUGACUUUUUGUUCAUCGGACCAGCUCCCAUCUUAUCGUUUGUGGAAAGCACAUUGUGGCUGAGCAUACUGUCUAUGGGGCUGGUUGGGAUAUUUACAGCUGCCGUCGUUACCAGUGCUGUUAAAUAUAUCUUCAAACAAGCAAGAAACUUGGGAUAUGACAAUAGCAAUUCCACAUUCGGUCUGUUGUCGGGCUUGAUUCAGUCACCCACCUAUUUUGGGUCAUUCAUUGGCCCUCUAUUGGGUGGUGCUCUGACAGAACAUUUUGGAUUUGCCUGGGCCAUGACAUGGAGCAUCCUUGUGAUUAUGUUACCGCUGCUACUGUGUUGUACACUGAUCUGCUUCAGAUCGUGGCAUGUAUGGCAACCGUCGAUUCUAAAGCAAGACAACUACGUAACACUGGAAGGAAAUUAGCACCAAAUGGACUUUUGUCGUCUUUACUUUAUAUUGGAUUGGAUUGGUUGGUUGGUUAUUUAACGCUGCACUCAGCAAUAUUCCAGCUAUAUGGCGGCGGUCUCUACACAAUCGAGCCUGGAUCAGACAAGCCAACAAGAGCAUCGAUCUACGUAAUUGGGAUACGAUGACAUGUGUCAGCGAUCCUAAUAUUGGAUUCCAACAACCACAAGAUUGUCAACAUUUAACCGUGUACCUGUACACAUUCUGUACAGCUCACAUGCCAAUGUGAGGGUCCUUGAAGAGGAGGAGGGCACCUUUUGAGUUCUUCAAGGCUAAACACAUGGUUCAAUGCAAAUCUGGCCUAUGUCAACAUCCCGACGACAGUCAAGACGUUUCGGAACAUUGAGAUCAAUUUGUAUGUUCCGUAAACCACGUUUAAACUGUAUAGUUUUAGGCUGUCGUUAAUUUGUAAGUUGGGUUUCAGUAAGAACAGAUUAAUGAAUUAUUGUCAGAUAUUACUAUCCAGAGUUUAUUUAUAUUUAUAUAUAACCUGUACACGUAGCAAUUGUACUUUAUCCUCUGGAUGAAGCGGCGGGAAGGUAGCCCAGUAGUUAAAGCGUUCACUCGUCACGCCGAUGGCUCAGGUCCAUUCCCUAGAUGGGUACUAUGUGUGAAGCCCAUUUCUGGU